ACACACACACACACACACACAUUUAAUGUCUAAAAUAUGUAUAUUCGUAGAGAGAGAGAGAAAUCAGUUAGUGAAGGGUGGAGUCUUUCAACCCUCCGUGCCGAAGGAUCCGAUGCACUUAAACUAUCUCAAUCUCUCUCUUUCUCUCUCUCUUUAUAAGCUUCCAUAAACACGUUACUCUCUCUCUCUCUCUAAAAGUGUGGAAAAGAAAAACCAGAAAUCCAAAGAAGCUGAGAGAAAUCACUAAAGAAACAGCAAAGAUGGUGAUUUGAUGAUUAUAUUCCAUGUAGGACAUCAUCUAUAAACCACCCACCCUUUUUCUCACUUCUCAGCUUCCCCAUACCCCCCUCUUUCUCUCUCUUGCCAUUUUAGCUUCAUGUAUUACGAGUUCACCAAGUUUUCCUUUCUGGGUAUGUCAAAUUCGGAUUUGUUCAUCGUCAAAGAAGAUCAAAAAAAGAUCGAAUUCCAACUUUUCUCAAGACCCACCUCAAAUUCACCAGAUGGGUGUCAAGUCACACCCUCAAACAAUCAUCAUCUUCAACAAGAUCUGCACAAAGAUGAUGAUGAUGAUAAGAAAGAAGAGAGACAUCAUGAGGCCACAUCCUCUUUUUCUACUGAGCUCAAAACGCCGUCGUUAGGUGAAUUGGACGCAACAGUGGACGAAGAUGACCACAAUAAUGGGUUCAGAACUCCAACAUCUCUGGAUCACAAAAUCCCAGUGAUCACACAGUGCCCGCCGGCCCCGAGAAAGAUCAGGACAUUUACGUCGUCGGCAAAGAGGAAAAUGUUGCCGAGGCUUCGCCGGAAUCUCCAGCUAGAUCUGUCAAAAGAGGUUGAAUCCAUGUUCCCUCCAAUUGUUCAAGAUGACAUAGGACGCAAGAUCAAGAAAGCUCGGAGAGAUCAUGACACAGAAUAGUAUCAUUAUACUGUUACUCAUGUUUAAUUAUAUGUUCUACAGUCUGAAAUAUCUUCUUUGGCAUCCAUAAGGGCGGGCAGCUGAAAGCAGUUAGCAGGAGAAGUAGUGCUGUGAAUGUGUGAGGCUCUGCACAGCAAUUCCUGAAGAUUUGGUUUUGGGGGCCAGUAUUAAUGGUAAAAAGACAAAACUGUCCUUACAAAAAAGCUACACGUUAUCAUUUGAUGUGGGGGCAAAAUUGGGUUUCCAUAGCAUUUAAUUAUGAGGGUUAUUUUAAGCAUAACUAAUUUGGUGACCUUAAAUCACUGACCUCUCUUUGCUUAUGGAAUUUAAGUAAGGUGUGUAUUAAAUGUAAAACUUAGUUUCCCAAGAGAGAGGCAAACAUCCUCCAUGAUGAGUGCUUCUUAAUUUUCUAAAUAGUGGUAGUUAAUUAAUGACUAUUUAUGGGAACUGUGGCCCUAUUGUUUCCCAUGAAAGUUGAUAUGCAUGGGUUCAACAACUUCAAUGC